AUGUCUGGGCACUUUUCAUUUGACCAUUCUCGCUCAGGCUCAAGAUCCUCGCAAGAUCCUCGGUCGUCUCGUGGUCAGACGUACGCCACGGAUACUCGUCACUCCUUCGGUCGCGCUGCUCGUGUCUCCAACCCAAACGUGUUCUCCGAUGAGUACUCCCUAGAACCUAUCCAGGCGGACGACCGCAUCGAACGGGUGCCUUCCUCUUCAUCAAUCUCAUCCUCGACGACCCUUCGCUCUCUCCAUCCCAACCAGAAAACAGGGAGUCAGGCGACCACCGAAAAUGAGAAUCCUUUCGGGGAUGACGCCCGGCUCUCGACCGAGGAGCCCCAUCGGUCAAGCCUCCCUCAGAAAGGUAUGGCGGGCUUUUCUACCAAUCGCGGGUCGAUUGUUUCAGUCAACAAUAGUCUCGCUGCUGUUCAGCGAACCCAUAGUGUCUCUUCUCGCUUUUCGUUGCCUCGUGCCAUGAGUCCAUAUACCGGAGCGACCGGACCGAGCCACCCCUACGCGAUGUAUCCUCAGGUUGGCGUUUCACGUUCGCCCAGCGUGGUCAGUACCUCCACAAUUCGCCCGCACGAUCGGCUGCCGGAGGGAACAGGCGGUCCCCAGCAUCCGUACGCAAUGUAUUCGCAAAACGUUGUCGACGAGGGCAUGGACGAGACCGUGAUCCCGGUUGGCUUUCCCGGUCAUAAUCCGUCGUAUCAGUCGCCAUCGGGCCGUCGGGACAAUGAUGUCGGGGAUAUUAUCGGAGCCGACGGGCAUGCUGAGCCAUUGCCUCCUUAUUCACGAUACCCUACCGGAGUAGUCCCCAAGCCCCCAGGGAGCGAGUCUGAGCCUGAUGUGACCGCAGUCGCAGAGGCCGAGCAUCUUCAUCCAGUGUCUCCAGUUCAACAUCAUCAUAUCCCCGAAAACUCUGCGCAUGCCUUGGCACCACAUUCCUCAGGUAGCACAACGGCAGUGGAGAAUGACUCCCAAGACGGCAGAGAAUGCAUCGCGCCGACCACGGGUAUUAUGGCAUUCGAAGAGAAGCUCAAACACAAGGGCAAGAAGACUGUCUGCUGUGGAUUACCAAUCUGGACCAUUGUCCUGGUCGCUACAGUUCUGUUAAUUGGUGGAUCAAUCGGUGGUGCCAUUGGAGGUAUCAUUGGGGGUAAAAAGGCUGCCGAUCAUCAGAGUGAAUCAGCUGCUUCGCCUCAUGGCCCUAAAAUAGUCACGGUGACUGCAACGCCAUCAAUGGAUUAUUCGACAAUGACAAGUUCUCCAACAAACUUCAAGCCAUUGCCCACGGGAGAGUAUCUCGUCCCAGCUCAAUUACACAACUUCUCCCGCAUGUGCAUUGAUGACAACAAAUUUCGGCACGCUUGGAGUUGUAUGGAUCAACCCUCGAAUUUCGACAUCAGAUUUGGUGGCGACAACGGCCAUCAUCACUCCGUUGUGUUCAACAAUGCCGGUCCCACGUCUAGCCUCACUUACGGUGCCCAACCGCCGAUUUUUCCUACCCCGACACAGUCCCUCAGCUUUGCGUUUGACACAAGUGAGACCGGGUUAGGUCCUGCCCUUUUCCUUUUUGCCAAGUUCGAUAAGCUUGUCAUAGUCCCUGAAACUCAAUUCGAGUCGGCAGGCUCCGUUUCCGCACGGUCACUCAACGGUGACGGACAUCUAUUUGAUCGAAUCCAUCGCAUGCAAACAGCACAGCCUGGCGACAAGCCUUGGUUCUGCUAUUGGAACCAGACAAUGAUGGAGAUGUUCAUCUAUGUGGACCAGUUUACAGCGUCUGCAAUCACGAACGGUGCCUCGGCCUCCACGGAUAUGACCCUUGUCACGGCGAGUCCAUCCCCAACUCCAAGCGUGAAUGGCCUUCUUGAUCUUCCCAGGAAGAUCAAGAUCGAAGAGCGGCGUGAUUUUGCAGGAAUCCAGCAACCAUACUGCGAGCAGAUGCAAAUUGGUCCUGAUGGCCGUGUAAAGGGACCUAUUCAGAGUCAGAUCAUUACGAUCCAAGAACGAGAGCCUACUCCUACAACAACCUACACGAACGCGGACAACGGCGCUCGUCAAACAUACACCGCCAAGGCGCAAUUUGCGACUCCAUGUUAUUGUCUGUCGACGACUGAUUAG